AUGGCUUCUCUCAGCGUUCUCGCGUUUGAUCAUGAGGGCCGCCCAAUCCAGUUUGACACGUGGCUGGACGACCUGCAGCUGUACCUACUGAGCGACUCUAGGGACAGCGUUUCUUUGUUUGACCACAUGUCUGGCGCCGCUCCUGCUCCUCCCGCCACAGCUGACAGUGCAACUCGCUCACUGUGGCUUACUCGUGACGCUGCUGCUCGCUUAGCCAUUCGCAACCACCUACCGUUAGCCGAAUGCGCUCACUUCGGACAGCAGAGGACAGCACAGGCACUUUACGACGCUGUAGUCGCCCGUUACUCCUCCCCUGCCACUCCUGCCCUACCUAUUUCCCCAGCUUCCUCACUCUUGCAGCACCUCCUUGCAGCUGAGACUGGUGUAGUCGCUGUAGGUGCUGCUUGUGGCACUCCGCGCACGCCCUUCUUUGAGGGGUGCUCCCCCUCCCCCCUUGCCCCCUCCUACACCUCUCCUGCUGCUGUUGACGUUCUUGGUGCUGAAGACGUCCGGGCUGCUUCUGCUAGUGGGAAGCGCCGCAGCAGCAAGGGCAAGGGUUGCAGAGGUGGUGGCGGUGGCAGCGGGGGUGGUGGUGGGGGCAGCAGUGGAGGUGUUGGAGGCAGUGGAGGUGGUAGCGGUAGUGGGAGUGGUGGCGGGAGUGGGGGCUUUGGUGGCGGCAGUGGUGGCAGCGGUGGGGGUGGCGGUAGUGGCGGCAGUGGGAGUGGUGGCGGUCGGGCUGGAGCUACUCAGCGUGGAGGUUCUGGCGGUGGCCAGAGGCAGCAGCAGCAGCGUCGGAGCGAGACCCUGUCGUCCCAGCAGCUUCGUGAGUGGUUUUUCUCAGCGUGGGGCGUCUAG